CAUACAGAUAUCAGUAUCCUUCGUCUCUGUAAUAUUUCCGAUCACAAAAUAAGUACACGACUUACCAUUCUGAGUUAUUUGUCAUAGGAAUGAGUUCCACACUCUUUUCUUGCUAGUUUCGUACAUCAUCUGGUGUGAUUUCAAAACUAACUCGAAGAAGAUUUUCUGGUGCUACUACAUCCGGAGAAACUUUUCUUUAUCCGGGACAGUUCUACAAGAACUGUCACUUGUGGUGCGCGUCUUUUUGGAGAACGCUUAUUUUGGACGUUAGACCAACAACAAUUUUUGGACGCCAGCGUGGACUUGUAAAGAUUAACCCGUCGAUUUUCCGGUUUUUGACGAUUUUCCGGUUUUUUUGACGAUUUCCCUCCAGCAAGAUGAAUGCGAAAAUUUAUUUGGGGAUUAUCAAAUCCUACAACGCCGGUAUUUUUUGCUUCCUUCCAAUGUGGCUUCAGAUUUUACGGAUCUUCUACCUUGUUCUACUUGUGUCUUUCUUUUAUUGCGCAAGUUAUUAGUUCUUUGCGAAUUUCGACUUUGAAGAUGCAUUACUUCAACAUCUACAUCCAGGUUCAGGUAUUAUGAGUUUAAGUUUUGUUUAGUAUAUUGUGAUCUUGGAUGUGAUUUGCUUUGAUUUUGAGUUUUCUAAGUUUCGACUUCAAGGCUCUAGUUUUUUCCGGGAUUGUAAUUUUCUGAAUAUGAAUCUUCUGCGAAGACAGCUGAGAAUGAGUGCAGCAAACCGGGUCUUCAUCAUGUCGGUGACGCAAGGUCAUUCUGCAACAAGAAAAGCAGAGCAACAUAUUCUCAUCCUGUAAAUUGGAGGUAUAGAAGCUACUCGCAUGAAUACGAAAAAAACACCAGCAGAUUGUCGAUCGAGAUCCUGAAUAUGUCUAGAGAAAUCAAUUCGAAUUUCUUGCCUACUAGUUGUAUGCACAAUUGUUAUUCCUGAUUUACUUAGGCAACGGCUAUGGAUUUAUUGAGUGCAAGGACACCUUGGAAGUGUAUCAGAGGGACAUCUUUUUACACCGUGUCGAAUUCGAAUCUGCGGGAGCCGAUGUCGGCAAUACGGUCCGAUUCCAAGUCACACUGUCCGAUCGAGGACAACCCAGGGCGGUCAAUGUCACGAGAGCUGGUAUUGAUUAUUGUAGUUUUUGUGGAGUAUUGGUUAUAAUUUCCUAUUAGUUAUUGUAGUUUUUGUGGAUAACUCCAGUAUUAGUUAUAAUUAGGCGUUUAUAAAUGAAGAUUAGGAUACAGUAGAGGAUCUUCAAGACGUUCUUGCAGAUCUCUCCCGAAGAGAUCCUCAAGACGUUCUUGACGAUCACAGUAGAAGAUCGUCAUCUCCUUCUUGUCCAGGUGGUGCCCCGAGUCCUCCGGCACAGGUCCAGCCGUCUCCGGCAUACGCUGUCAUUGGGCCGCCUAAGCCCCAAAGACCCAUUGGCGAAGCAAAGAUGUUCGGUCAGAUUCGGACAUUCAAUUAUGUUAGAAAAUUUCCAUGUGUUGUAGUCCCUCUCCCUAGUGACUUUUAAAGUCGUGUUGCGCAUCUCACCGAAGGAACAGAGCACACCCAUAACAAGGUGUCCCCCCAAACACCAAACAAUACCUCGCGAAUAGGUAAAUGAAUGAAUGACAAUGUUGGUGGACUUGUAGACAAGUAGGCAAAAAAAAACUAGCAUUUGACAUACAAGAACCUUGUGAACAACCUUGUACACUCACACAACAAGAAUCCCACAUGCAACCUUCUAUCUAUCUACCACCACCACCCUCUUUCAUACUGCCCAAGAAAAAGGGUACGGUUUUGUGCAGUCUGAGCAUGCGGCCAACAAGUUUGGGCAGGCAGACGUUUUUCUGCACUACACGCAGGCCAUAAAUUUUCGAGUUGGGGACUUCGUCUACUUCGACUGCGUGAUGACGGAGCAAGGAAAGCCACAGGCACGCGGACUGAUCAAGGCUGCAGAUGUAGACCAGCAGCAACAGCAACAGGCAUAUCAACCAGCACCAGCGACACCCCAGGUGAGCUACCAAGCAGGUCCAGCACAGCAAGUCGUCUACGCUGCAGCGCCGGCUCCUCCACAGCAGCUAGUCUACGCGGCUGCCGCCUCACCACAGGCGCUCUACCAGCCAGCCGUGUAUCAGACAGCUCCUACUGCUAAGGCUUAUUGUCAAAUUGCAUUCUGCACUAACAUCCCUGACUCGUAGUUCCCCACUUCUAAGGAAGGCGCCAAGGAUGAUCUGCAGAAUGUAAUCGCGCGACCUCUAAUACCUUACUCCUCCAACCAGGACCUUACGGCCAAGUGCGCAUGGCGAAAGGCGGCAAACCAAUGAAGGGAGCGCCAGGAAUGAAAGGCGGCGCGGCCGCGCAUAUGGGCGCACACAUGGGCGGCCAAGCAGGAGCAGGACUGAACCUACUGAAAGAGUAUCAAGGUGUGCUGUCCAAGUACUUCGCGGACAAGGGCUUUGGGUUCAUAGAAAACGAGGAAGUAAAAAGCUUUUACGCGAAGGAUACGUGGAUAUCCAAACUUAAGGCAACAACUAUCAUACUAGAAGAGACUGCAACAUGUUGACUCAUCACAAAAUCAGCAUGACAAAAUCUACCUCAUCCUUAGCUCUAAUAAAAAAGAGGUCGACGCACACGGACUCAACAUCGGAGAUCAAGUCACCUUCAAACUCAGAAUCGAGAAAAAUAUGCCGCAAGCAGAUGUUAUCGGUAUCCUAUAAAUUUUUUUCGUUUCCUUGCUAGUAUCGUGCCUAUUGUUCUUUUAUUCGUGUUCCUUGCUAGUAAAUCUCAAAGGCUCGUCGUGUAGUAGUACUUUGUGUUUUAUCUUGAAAUACUGUAAUGACCUGUGCUUUAUUCAUGUUCUACAUUUGGGUUAGUACCUGGAUUCACAGUAGUACAUGAUACUAUCCUAUCCUACUUCCCAUCGAAGGUGCCUCAGAAUGAAUUUCCAUGCCAAGUAGAAGCAUCCUUACCACCACACUUCCCACGCCUGCACCUAAAAUUUUUAGGUAAAACCGGUGCGAUGCGAGAAGAAGGUGAGAGCAAACUCGAGAUGAUCGGACCUGGACCGCAUCUGGGCAUUAUCAAAAGCUACAACGAGCAAAAAGGAUUCGGUUUCAUCCAGUGUCCCGAGAUUGAAGCGCACUUCGGAUGCGAUGUUUUCAUUUAUGGUGUUGGAGAUGAUUGUCGUAAAGAUGAAGAUGAUUGUCGUAAAGAUGAACCUCUUAGACUACGAGGACGUUCAAUGCACUGCUGACGAGGACCCUCCACAUAUAAUAAUAAUGCACUGCUGACUACUAGGACUCACGUUGUGAUUCAAAUAGUCAUGGUUCUUCUGCUCAGUUUGCCAUAUAAGUCUUUUCUCAAUCCGUCGGGACAACUUUUAAACUCUACAUCAGAUCUCAAUUGUCCGAAACCGCUCAACACAAUCCUCAUAUCCUCCUCUCUUCUAAUUUUUGCAUCGACGCGAGAUGAACGAGACCCAUAUGGUCGGCAAGGAGGUCCAGUUCACAAUCCAGCUUAACCAGAAGGGGAAGCCGCAAGCAUCUGAGAUCACUGUGAUUGGCGACGGCGUCACAGCAGGCGAUGCCGCCUUCGCGGCUAAGAUAUAGAACAUCUACUUCAUAUCAUAUGCAACAUGUAUAAGAUAUAGAAGAUCUACUUCAUGAAUCUUCAUAUGGCAUAUAUAUAAAAAUCGGGAGUGGUUGUCCCUUCAAGAAGAUUGGGAGUGGCUGCUCUUCAUGAAGAGAAUUUUGGUUAGUUGUUGAGCUCUACUUUUGGGUACUAGUUGUUGAGUUUGUGGUACUAGAAGUUGAGGUUUACUUUGAACAUGGAAAAUUUGGACACUGACUUUAUACAACUCUCAGCUCACGUACUUGUACCUUGAGUAAACCAUGCUCGCACAUUUGGAUCCUCGGCUUCCUAUAAAAAACCGCUAGCUCUUAACCAUGUUGAUAUUUAUCGCCUAUAUUAAAGAUCAAGAUUUUUUACAGCAGGAGCUACCCCAACAUGGCUGCGGGAGAUACCGUCUCCCAUGUGAAAUGAGCCUAUAGGUGAAAAUCUACCAUGAAGGUGUCUCCUCUCUCCCCAUAUCCCUUCCCUAGUGUACAAUGAUUUUUUUGUCCUCUACUAACACUGUAGGGCUACCAUCUGAGGACGCUACACAUCAUGAUGAUAUUUAACAUAAUGAUUUUCUACUCCUCAAAAGAAGUGAUAAU